AUGGACCAGGCAGCGCCUCCAGCCCGUCUGCCCCCGAGGCUGCCCCGCUCGUGUGGCGUCAUCAGCCCCUCCCCCACGCCGUUUGCAGACGCCGGUACAACGUCUCCUUCAAGUUCAACAUCUCCGGCUCCGUCGUUCAAAAUCAAGCCUGACACCUUGGAAGAGUUACUAGAUGACUGUUUUCAGAUAUCCAUUGGCCAACAGCACGUUUUAUGUGAGAGCCGUAUCCAAUAUGCCACUAAUUUCGAUAAGUACUUGACCUCUCUCCACUGCCAUGAGAACUUGGCCUUUUUGAUGGAGAUUUUCAAGUAUGAGUACUUUUACGACAAAAUCUUUCCAGAGAACUUGAACUGGGUUAGGUCAAGAAACCCGCUGCUGACUUUCACGUCAGGAGGUGGUGCAUACUCGAGCUUUUUAAAUUCAAGCCUACCGUCUGCAAUUGAUCAGCUCCCGUUCCCCACAAAGCAAAUGAGCAGGAAAUCCAGAAGACACUCGAGGUCCAAUAGCCGAAAGGCUCUGAUUCUAGCCACCUCAGACGCCAGCGGCGUAUUUGACUUUGGUUUCGAUGAGCACCUCCCGACUGAGAAUGUUUGGGAUAAACUCAAAGAUCAGCAUGUGGACAGCACUGACCUGGAACUCGAGCUGGAAUACGACUGCGAAGUCGAUAGGUCGGUUUUGCACGACCAAUGGGCGUAUAUUAUAUCAAAUUUUGUCAGAGAAGACUCGCCUCAGCAGCUCAACUUGGCCAAUACUACGGUCAAAGAGCUCCUUGAAAAAGAUCACGAUGACUGUAUUCACAACCCUGUGAUAUUGCUCGAUGCUAAGCAUGAAAUCAUUCAGCUCCUUCGCGAGAACGUAUACGGGUCGUUUGUGUCUCAACAUGAUCCCUCAAGGUCAGGCCCUCGAUAUGCUUCUGGUGGAGAGUCCGCAUCUGGAUUUCGUGUGCAUAGCAGGCCUCAAAGCCCGCCAAUUAUCUGCUCAGCGAGCAAUUGUUGCCAGACAACAAAAGUGUCAGUGUCUACAGCUUCAUCCUUGGCUCAUACGCCAGCGCAGACCCCCGUUCCCGCAUCUAAACAGUCUCCCUCACAACUUCACCACCCUACGGCAUUAAAGAAAACCGUCGUGCCAACAAGCCCACUCAACGGCUCUCGAGGUUGCGAGUGUGAGCUCCGAGAAGGCGUUGUUUCCCCAGUGCCCUUGGUGAAACGCAAAACGCCAAAAUUUUUCCCACAUAUCGGAAGUAGUACUCCGUCAGACUCUAGCGGGUCUGAUUUCUCCAUCUCCAGCAUUAUUUCGCAUUUCAAGUCCAGCAGUGUCGCCACACCGGGCAAUACAAAUCUGCGCAAUCUUGUCACACCACAUCCACAAACGGCAUCGGCGCUAUCUUCUGGGCUUUCUCUGCCAGUUCUUGCCGAUUCGGAGCCUACGUUGCGUCCCUCGUCAACAGCUGAGGCCAAUCCGCCCAGUAACAGCCACACCCAUAGGCUAGGGAAGCUCUGGAAGCGUCGCAAGUAG